AUGCAUCCCGAAAAGGUCACUGUUUGGUGCGGAUUUUGGUCUGGCGGAAUCAUUGGUCCGUUCUUCUUCCAAAACGAAACAGGCAUUGCCAUAACCGUCAACGGCAAGCGCUACAGAUCAAUGAUCAACAACUUUGUUUGGCCUAAGUUCGAUGAUAUGGAUACUGAGGACAUGUGGUUCCAGCAGGAUGGUGCUACGUGUCACACAGCGCAUGCAACGAUGGACAUUCUGCGUGAACGAUUUGAGGGCAUGGUGAUAUCACGCAAUGGUGACAUAAACUGGCCUCCGAGAUCGUGCGAUUUAACGCCACUAGACUUUUUUCUUUGGGGCUAUCUUAAAUCGCAGGUCUAUGCAAAUAAACCACAAACAAUUGAUGCCCUCAAAGUCAACAUAAUCAACACCAUCAAGCAAAUUCAACCAGAUUUAUGCAACAAAGUGAUAGAAAAUUGGACCACCCGAAUACGUGCCACCAAGCAAAUCCGAGGCGGACAUUUGAACGAUGUUAUAUUCCACAAAUAA